AUGGCCCCACAUCACCUGCACUGGACACACAUCACCUCCACUGGCCCCACCAACACCCGCAUUGGACCCACCAACACCCACACUGGCCCCACCAUCACCCACCCUGGACCCACUAACACCCGCACUGGACCCACAAUCACCCGCACUGGUCUCACCAUCACCCACACUGGACCCACAUCAUCUGCACUGGACCCACCAUCACCCGCAAUGGCCCCACAUCACCUGCACUGGACACACAUCACCUCCACUGGCCCCACCAUCACCUGCACUGGCCCCACCAUCACCCGCACUGGCCCCACCAACACCCGCACUGGACCUACCAACACCCGCACUGGCCCCACCAUCACCCACCCUGGACCCACCAACACUUGCACUGGACCCACCAUCACCCGGACUGGCCCCACCAUCACCCGUACUGGCCCCACCAUCACCCACGCUGGCCUCACCAACGCCUGCAAUGGACCCACCAUCCCCUGCACUGGCUUCACCAACACCCACACUGGACCCACCAUCACCCGCACUGGCCUCACCAUCACCCACCCUGGACCCUCCAACACUUGCACUGGACCCACCAUCACUCGCACUGGCCCCACAUCACCCGUACUGGCCCCACCAUCACCCGCACUGGCCUCACCAACACCCGCAUUGGACCCACUAUCACCUGCACUGGACCCGGCAUCACCCGCACUGGCACCACCAACACCUGCACUGGACCCAUCAUCACCCGCACUGGACCCACAUCACCUGCACUGGACCCACAUCAUCCGCACUGGACCCUUCAUCACCCGCACUGGACCCACCAUUACCUCACUGCCCCCACUAUCACCCUCACUGGCCCCACCAACACCGCACUGGACCCACCAUCACCCGCACUGGACCCGACAUCACCCGCACUGGACCCACAUCACCUGCACUGGACCCACAUCAUCCGCACUGGACCCAUCAUCACCCGCACUGGACCCACAUCACCUGCACUGGACCCACAUCAUCCGCACUGGACCCAUCAUCACCCGCACUGGACCCACAUCACCUGCACUGGACCCACAUCAUCCGCACUGGACCCAUCAUCACCCGCACUGGACCCACAUCACCUGCACUGGACCCACAUCAUCCGCACUGGACCCAUCAUCACCCGCACUGGACCCACAUCACCUGCACUGGACCCACAUCAUCCGCACUGGACCCUUCAUCACCCGCACUGGACCCACCAUUACCUCACUGCCCCCACUUUCACCCUCACUCAUCACUCGCCCUGGACCCACAUCACCCGCACUGGCCCCACCAUCACCCACCCUGGACCUACCAUCACUCGCCCUGGACCCACAUCACCCGCACUGGCCCCACCAUCACCCACCCUGGACCUACCAUCACUCGCCCUGGACCCACAUCACCCGCACUGGCCCCACCAUCACCCACCCUGGACCUACCAUCACUCGCCCUGGACCCACAUCACCCGCACUGGCCCCACCAUCACCCACCCUGGACCUACCAUCACUCGCCCUGGACCCACAUCACCCGCACUGGCCCCACCAUCACCCACCCUGGACCUACCAUCACUCGCCCUGGACCCACAUCACCCGCACUGGCCCCACCAUCACCCACCCUGGACCUACCAUCACUCGCCCUGGACCCACAUCACCCGCACUGGCCCCACCAUCACCCACCCUGGACCUACCAUCACUCGCCCUGGACCCACAUCACCCGCACUGGCCCCACCAUCACCCACCCUGGACCUACCAUCACUCGCCCUGGACCCACAUCACCCGCACUGGCCCCACCAUCACCCACCCUGGACCUACCAUCACUCGCCCUGGACCCACAUCACCCGCACUGGCCCCACCAUCACCCACCCUGGACCUACCAUCACUCGCCCUGGACCCACAUCACCCGCACUGGCCCCACCAUCACCCACCCUGGACCUACCAUCACUCGCCCUGGACCCACAUCACCCGCACUGGCCCCACCAUCACCCACCCUGGACCUACCAUCACUCGCCCUGGACCCACAUCACCCGCACUGGCCCCACCAUCACCCACCCUGGACCUACCAUCACUCGCCCUGGACCCACAUCACCCGCACUGGCCCCACCAUCACCCACCCUGGACCUACCAUCACUCGCCCUGGACCCACAUCACCCGCACUGGCCCCACCAUCACCCACCCUGGACCUACCAUCACUCGCCCUGGACCCACAUCACCCGCACUGGCCCCACCAUCACCCACCCUGGACCUACCAUCACUCGCCCUGGACCCACAUCACCCGCACUGGCCCCACCAUCACCCACCCUGGACCUACCAUCACUCGCCCUGGACCCACAUCACCCGCACUGGCCCCACCAUCACCCACCCUGGACCUACCAUCACUCGCCCUGGACCCACAUCACCCGCACUGGCCCCACCAUCACCCACCCUGGACCUACCAUCACUCGCCCUGGACCCACAUCACCCGCACUGGCCCCACCAUCACCCACCCUGGACCUACCAUCACUCGCCCUGGACCCACAUCACCCGCACUGGCCCCACCAUCACCCGCACUGGACCCACCAUCACCCUCACUGGACCCACCAACACCCGGCCUGGACCCGCCAACACCCGCACUGGCCCCACCAUCACCCACACUGGACCCACCAUCACCCGCACUGGACCCACCAACACCCGGCCUGGACCUGCCAACACCCGCCCUGGACCCACAUCACCCACACAGGACCCACUAUCACCCGCACUGGCCCCACCAUCACCCGCACUGGCCCCACAUACCUGCACUGGACCCACAUUACCCGCACUGGCCCCACCAACACCGCAGUGCCAGCACUAA